UGUGUGUGUGUGUGUGCGAGUCUCCCUGGCUGGGUGUCCAGCGACGGUCCUGGUAAUGCUGAGACAGACGGUGGAGCGGGUGGGUUUAUUUUUGGGCCAGUGACAGUGUGUCAAUGGCCGCAGAUGCGUCGGAAAGGAAGGCUCUGAGAUACAAGCAAACUCUGCUCUAUGGGGAGUACCAAGAGAACCAAGGAGGCUCUGGCAGACGGGAGGCCACACGCCUGCUGACAGAGAGACAGAUCAAGAAACAUGGCAACCAUCCCCGCAGCCAUGGCAGGACACGACAUGGCCGGCGUAGCCACGGUCAAAAUGGAUACCACAGCCGACAUCAGCACGGCUAUCACAGCAGACAGAGGAACAGGCGUCAGUCCAACAUGGAAGCAGAGGGUGACGAGCAAGAUGAGCAAACUGCUGAACCCGACCUCACGUCCUCUACCAGGAAGAAACGCUCCUACUCCAAGUGUAGAGACUGCAUAGCACGGGUGCAGCAAUUCCUUGUGACCAGGUUAGGAGAAGACUGGAUCUUCCUCGUUCUGCUGGGCAUCACAAUGGCACUGGUCAGCUGGACAAUGGACUAUGCCAGCGCAAAGAGCCUGCAAGCCUAUAAAUGGAUUUAUGGGGAGCUGAGGGGGAACAUCCCUCUGCAGUACCUGGCCUGGGUUUCAUAUCCCCUGAUCUUCAUCCUGUUCUCCUCCCUCUUCUGUCACCUGGUUGCUCCUCAAGCUAUCGGUUCCGGCAUCCCAGAGCUGAAGACCAUCCUGAGAGGUGUGGUGCUAAAGGAAUAUUUAACACUCAGGGCCUUUGUUGCUAAAGUCAUUGGUCUGACUGCUGCCCUGGGCAGCGGGAUGCCCGUAGGCAAAGAGGGCCCGUUUGUUCACAUCGCCAGUAUCUGUGCUGCAGUUCUCAGCAGGUUCAUGUCCUUCUUUUCUGGAGCUUAUCAGAAUCCAUACUGUUAUACAGACAUCCUGACAGUGGGCUGUGCUGUUGGGGUGGGCUGCUGCUUUGGUACUCCACUUGGAGGUGUGCUCUUCAGUAUAGAGGUAACAUCCACAUACUUUGCUGUGAGAAACUACUGGAGAGGAUACUUUGCUGCUACAUUUAGCGCCUUCAUAUUCAGAGUGUUAUCCGUGUUCAACAAAGACGCAGUAACCAUCACUGCUCUGUUCAGGACUAACUUUCGCAUGGAUUUCCCUUUUGACCUGCAGGAGCUGCCAGCCUUCGCUAUUAUUGGGAUCUGCUGUGGGUUCUUGGGGGCGUUCUUCGUCUAUCUCAACAGACAGGUGGUGCUCUUCAUGAGACGACCCAACGCUAUGACCCGCUUCCUCAUCAAACACCGGCUGAUCUUUCCUGCUGUGGUAACGCUGGUCAUCGCCACCUUGACCUUCCCACCCGGGUUUGGACAGUUCAUGGCAGGAGAGCUGAUGCCAAGGGAGUGUAUCAACUCCCUUUUUGACAACUUUACGUGGACAAAGAUUUCAGGAUCUCCUCCUCCGGUCGGUCUGGGCCGCUCCGCCGCCUGGCUGCACCCUAAUGUCAGCGUCUUCGUCAUCCUGCUGCUCUUCUUAUUCAUGAAGUUCUGGAUGUCCGCUGUGGCCACCACCAUGCCCAUUCCAUCUGGGGCUUUCAUGCCUGUCUUCAUACUGGGAGCUGCAUUCGGCAGGCUGGUAGGGGAGAUCAUGGCGACCCUGUUUCCUCAUGGGAUUGUGUUUGAUGGCAUCCUUUACCGCAUCAUCCCUGGAGGGUACGCAGUCAUUGGUUACGGCAGCUUUGACCGGGCUGUGACUCACACGGUGUCCACGGCGGUGAUCUGCUUUGAGCUGACAGGCCAGAUCUCCCACAUCCUGCCCAUGAUGGUGGCAGUAAUCCUGGCCAACAUGGUGGCCCAGGGCCUGCAGCCCUCCCUGUACGACUCCAUCAUCCAGGUGAAGAAGCUGCCGUACCUGCCGGAGCUCGGCUUCGGGCACAUGAGCCAGUAUAACAUCUUUGUAGAAGACAUCAUGGUGAGAAAGGUGAAGUUUAUAUCGUCUCAGUCCACAUACAGAGAAGUCAAACUGCUGCUGGACUCCUCCUCGCUCAAUUCAAUCCCUCUGGUCGACUCAAAAGAUUCUAUGAUCCUAUUGGGCAGCAUCGACAGGUUGGAGCUUCUGGCUCUCUGUGAUUGGUGGUUGUCACCAGAGAGAAGGCUACUGAUGCAGGGUCAGAGCCUCCAGGAGCAGAACCAGUCUCAGAAACACAGCUGGGAGUCCUUUGCCUUCGUAGAUGAAGAGGAAGAGGAGGACGGAGAGAAGGGCAGCCCGCUGCAGGAGGAAAGGAAUGGCCCCCUGCCUCCUCCAAAGCCUCAGGAGCCUUCCUCAAACCACACUGCUUCUGUCCCUGAAAAAGGACCUCUACAGUCUGUGAGGGAAACACUCAGGAAUCUCUUCACCUCCAAGAACAGACAGACGGAAGGACAGUCGCAGGAGCCCUGUCCUCCUCCCCUGUCAGACACGAUGACACCAGAGGAGAUCACAGCGUGGGAAGAGGCAGAGAUGGACGAGCCAAUGGAAAUCGAUGAGAUACGAGUAGACCCUUCCCCUUUCCAGCUGGUUGAGAGAACAUCAUUACACAAGACCCACACCUUAUUCUCACUGCUGGGGCUAAGUCACGCUUAUGUUACCAGUAUCGGUAAACUGGUGGGAGUGGUGGCGCUGAAAGAGCUCCAGAAGGCCAUCGAGGGCUCCACGCGCUCUGGCGUGCGGCUCCGCCCUCCGCUCGCCAGCUUUCGCGACAUCAGCAACCGCAACUCUGCUCCUAAACCUCCACCUUCUUCUCCCACUGCCCCUUCCUCUCCGACCUCUCCAACCUCAGCUCCAACUGCUCCCCAGCUUUCACCCCCCUCUGCCCCUCACCACCACCUUCAUUGCCACGAGAAUGAAACGGAGGUGUGGGUCGAGGGCGUGACCCCGGAGGUGGAGGAGAGCAGCAGCUACAGUGCAGGAAGCGGUGGUGUUAGCAUCAGCACUGGGGCCUGCAGCUCAGCCAGUCGGAGUUACAGCAACAACAGCAACUUCACCCUCCCUCCCUCCACCACUCCUCCCCCAGUUCCUUCUUCCUCCACUCCUCCUCCUCCUCCUCCUCCUUCCUCCUCCACGCUGACACCCUUACAGAGACUCCUUGAGGGGGAUGAAGACAGUGAUGAUGAGCCAAUGGUUUAGACUAGACAAGAGUGAUGGUUAUGUUUUUUUUUUUAUAAUGGAAAACUUUUUUAAUGGUGUGAGUUUUUUUCUGUUCUUAAUUUGUUGCUCUGGUC